AUUUAAAAAACCUCCCACUGCUCGUGCAGUUAUUCUGUCGUUUUUUCCCCUGAAUUUUUCAACUCCUUCUCUGUUCUCCGGCUCUCUGUUUCUUGUCGGUGAUUUCAUUCUACCAAUUUGUGCUCGAAUUUCGCAACAUUUGCAUUCAUAGCUCUCUCAGUUUGUAUACAUAACCCAUUAUUUGGCCCUCAAUUUUCAAUCUUUAACUGAGGUUGGGCUUCCCCUGUGGCUGCAAAACAUGUCAGUUGUGGUUGAGCUGAAUUCUCACGCAAAAGCCAAUUCUGAUGCAAGGAAAAUUCUGGGUCCCGGAGGAAACAGGGUCCGGGUUUCAGAAGAAGAGAAGAAGAAAAAGGAGGGUCUGAAGAAGAAAUUGGCUGCUGAUACCCCGAUUCCUGUUAAGAAAUCAGUCUCCUCCAUCAGCCCCAAAUCCAAAGUAGAUAAUCGGUCAUCUGCGAAAAGUGAGAAUUCGAGGAAGAAAGUGAAAGAAUUGAGUGAUCUUGAUAAAGAAGCAGCUAAAGUGGUUCGUGAUGGUGUUGAAACAUUGACGCUCUCUCCACCGGUUUCGGGUCCGGUUAAGCGUUGCGAAUGGAUUACACAAUUCUCUGAACCAAUUUAUACUGCUUUUCAUGAUGGAGAAUGGGGAGUUCCAGUUUAUGAGGAAAGAAAGCUAUUUGAACUGCUUGUUUUGUCACAAACAUUGUCUGAACUCACGUGGCCCACAAUUCUUAGCAAGAGAGAAGUAUUCAGGAAGUUGUUUGACAACUUUGACCCAAUAUCUAUUGCAAGCAUUGAUGAUAAGCAGUUGCUUACAUUGAGAAGUAGUUCAUUAUUAUCCGAGCAAAAGCUUCGUGCCAUUGUCGAAAACUCAAAGCAAGUGUUCAAGGUACAAAGCUUUUACAAUCAAUGUCACAACUCCUUCAACUAAUAAAACCAUAAACUAGAAUGAUGUCUUGUUUCUUAUAUUGAUUGCGAAGAGGGAAAGCUUUAGGAUGAACAAGAUUUUGCUCCUAUUUUGCACUUUAGGAUGAACAUGAUUUUGCUCCAAUUUUGCUUUGUUCUAUUGCAUAUAUUAGGAUUGUGAUUCACUGAUUCAGCAAUGUAGCUUGUACGAUGGUUUCACUGAAUAAGAAUUCUAACAAUUAUGCAUACUAACCACAAACCAACACAUGCAUUUCUUGUUCAGAAGUUCCGUAAAUCUUUGAGCUAAGACCUAGAUUUGGAGAGUGGUUUUUUAAUGAAUAAGCUGUUUAAUUUCUCUUUGACCUAUAAUUCAUUCCUCAGAUUCAGGAAGAGUUUGGUUCUUUCAGCCACUACUGUUGGCGAUUCCUAAACCACAAACCAAUAAGAAACGGCUUUCGCUACGCACGUCAAGUUCCGGCAAAAACACCAAAAUCAGAACUCAUCAGCAAGGAUUUGAUGAACAGGGGAUUCCGUUGUGUUGGACCUACCGUUGUGUAUUCAUUCAUGCAAGUUGCUGGAAUGGUUAACGAUCAUCUAGUAUCAUGCUUUAGAUACAAUGAAUGCUGCAACAUUAACCCCAUCAAGAAUCCGAAUGCAAAGCCUACAGAAGCAGCAACCUAGUAAAUGAGACCAUCCCAUAGAGUCAAUUCAUGUGCAGAACUGAUUGCAGGAUUUUUCAGCUUGUGAGUAUAAGAACUUCUAGUGUUUGACCAAGGCAGUUCACUUAUAGUAAAUAAAUCUAAUGUAACUUCUCAAUUUUACUUGCUAGGUGUAAUUUUUACUGCAGUUGAUUGGGUGAUUUAUGUAAUUGUAAAUGUUGAAGAGAUUGAGGUCUUCUUGUGAUUUAUUUGUAAAUGUUAAGAGAUUGAGGUAUUCUUUACUUUUCUAAAUAUUGAAGCUUAUAAGAUCGUGAUUAAAAGCUCGUUACUUACCCCGUCCCAAAAUGAUUUAUUCUAGUGUUUGUGUUGCAAUGAUUUGUUAUUGUUAACGUGUGUUCAUGAGAUUUUGGGGAACAUGGGGCAGAUAAUACCAACAGGCAAU